CUGCACUGGGUAUAUAAAAAGCAGGCUUCACGAUGCGACUGAAUCAGCUUAUGCAUCUCUUACAGUAAGGCUCGUGAUUCACCAAGUAGCAAAGUACUUCCUGCACAUUUGAAAUUUUUCGCCAGGCGGAAUCAAGGCAAAAAUAAGGAACCAUCCAUGGAUCGCUUCGUUCUCGUGUUGGUGAUGGCUGCCCUAGCGGCGUGUGAAGAUGACCCAUGCGCCACUGUACGCUGUGGUGGAUGCAAAAAUGGAACAGUGCUCAGCUCUACACCAGAUGACUGCUGUCGAUGCGUAUACGUGCAGUGCGCCACUGUCCUCUGUGCAACGUGCAAAAGUGGGACAGUGUUCAGCCCUCUUCCUGAUGACUGCUGCCGAUGUAUAAAAGACCCAUGCAUCACUGUACGCUGUGCUGGAUGCAAAAAUGGAACAGUGCUCAGCCCUACACCAGAUGACUGCUGUCGAUGCGUAAAAGAUCGCUGCGCCACGGUGCGCUGUCGUGCCUGCAAUGAAGGAACAGUGUUUAGUCCAGUUCCUGGUGACUGUUGCAGAUGCGUGCCAUCCGAAUGAAGGUCUUAGACUGCAAGCUAUACACGAAGUGAGAGUCCUGAAACUGCAUUGCAACCAUGUCCUAGUGCCCAUUGUCAACGUACUUUAGCAGUGUUCGCAAAGCACUAUCACAUCUAGGUGUGUGACCACUACUCUACUCAAUAAACUAAAAAAAAAGAAAUUCUUGGAGGCACUGAAAGUGAGCCCAUAUUAAAGCUUGUUGUUAUU